CUUUUCUGUAUUGUCUUCCCGACAUUUACCCAAUUACCAGAAGCAACCAACGAACCUUAAAGUAAAAAGAAAGAAGACAAAGUGCACAACUACUGUCGGCACACACACAGAUCUGCAAGAAAAGAAUUUUCCCAUUUCCAUUCCUCCCUUUAAACUCUGUUACCAGAUCUUUAAAAUCUUUACUAACACAAUACAGAUGAGCUCUUCUUCAGAUCAACGCCGCAAGAGAAAACGCAUUCUCAGACAAUCUGAUUCAUCACUACUUUCUCUCCCACACUUGUUGUCUGUGAGAUCUCUUGUCUUGUGCUUUAGCUUCCUCACCUUUCUUUAUCUCUUAUCCCGUACUCUCCCUUUUGCUUCUUCAGCUUUUCACCCGGUUUUAGUAGUUUCAAGCUUAUCCCUCUUGUCCUCUUCUAGUUCCAGCACUACUGCUCAAUCGGUUCAAGAUUUUGGUAGUUUUUUGUACCCAUUGAGAAUAGAGAACCGGGUUUUGUUCCCUGAUCAUGUUUUGUUGUUGGUUAAGAAUGAUGGGUUGUUGAAGAAGAGUGUUGUUGAUGAAUUGGAAUGUGUUUAUUCUGGUGUAACUGUGUUGAGUACUAGCAAUGGUAGUAGUGGUGAUUUUUCUGUGUUAAAGGUGCUGUCUUUUGAUGAAUAUGAUGAGUUUAGGUCUGUUGUGAGGUGCCCACUUCCAUCUGUGAACUAUUCAGCUGAUGCAAAUUUGAGGUGGAGUGGUAGAAAUGGAGUUUUUGCGGGAGGUGAAAAGGGGUUGUGGUUGGAUAAUCGCAGGGUUAAUUCGUGUUCUUGGGAAAAUGUGGCGUAUGCAGCUGCACUUGAUGGGGGCACUGUUGUUGUAUUUGUGAAGGGAUUGAACUUGAGGGCUGAUAGGGAGUCCGAUCCGAGUCAGUUCAGUUGCCAUUUUGGGUUGGGGAAAUGGGAAAAAAACGGUAGGUAUGUGCUGAGGACGAAGGCUUUGACUGCUGCUCAGGAGGUUGUUAGGUGUUCGUUGCCUAGGACCUUGAUGAACAAGCUCGAUAAGGUUAAGGGCAUUCGUGUGACUAUUGGAGCUACACACUAUUUUCAUGCUCGAGCUCAUAAGCAUGUGCUUAUUCCAUCUGUGGCGAAAGUUUCUGAUUCAGGUUUUGAGGGUCAGAAGAAGAAGAUGGAGGGGAAAUACGAACUUUGUGUGUGUACAAUGGUGUGGAACCAGGCCUCAGCCAUCAGGGAGUGGAUUAUGUAUCAUUCUUGGCUUGGAGUUGAGAGAUGGUUUAUAUAUGAUAACAAUAGUGAUGAUGGGAUUGAUGAGGUGAUUCAAGAACUUGAUCUUGAGAACUACAAUGUCACUAGGCAUGUCUGGCCCUGGAUCAAGACUCAAGAAGCGGGAUUCUCUCACUGUGCUCUCAGAGCAAGGGCUGAAUGUGAGUGGGUUUCGUUCAUGGACGUGGAUGAGUAUUUUUACUUCCCAUAUUCGCCUCCUAGGCACCAAAGAUUCAGGAAAUCGAGUUAUGUAGGCCAGAACUCACUUCGUGCUUUGGUGGCAAAUUUUUCAUCAUCAUCAAGAACUAUAGCAGAGAUCAGAACAUCUUGCCACAGCUUCGGGCCAUCUGGGCUGAAUUCACCUCCCUCACAGGGAGUAACGGUAGGGUACACUUGCCGUCUCCAGAGUCCUGAGAGGCAUAAAUCGAUUGUUAGACCAGAUGCACUUGACACCACUCUGCUUAAUGUGGUGCACCAUUUUCACCUCCAGAAGGGCUUCAGGUACAUGAAUUUGCCUCAGAGUACGGCUAUAAUCAAUCACUACAAAUACCAGGUGUGGGAGGUUUUCAGAGCAAAGUUUUACAGACGAGUCGCCACUUAUGUCGCUGAUUGGCAAGAAAACCAAAACGAAGGCUCAAGAGAUAGAGCUCCUGGGUUGGGGACGGAGGCCAUUGAACCACCCGAUUGGCCACAGAAGUUUUGUGAAGUUUGGGACACAGGGCUGAGAGACUUUGUUUUAUCCAAUUUGGCUGAUCUAUCUACAGGUUUGCUCCCAUGGGAGACGCAUUCUGCCUUGACUGAUUAACUUGGGACCCUUGAAGCUCAUCAGCCCA